AUGGCGGGCGGGCGGGCGGCCUGGGACCCCAGGGCCGCGCUGAGCCCCGAUGCCCGGCCCCUGGGCGAGCCCGGACAGCCCUGGGGUGCCGGCGUCGCCAGUCACCGCUGUCCCGGGGGCGUGUCGUGGUGGCGGCAGAAGCAGACGGACGAGGCGGCCCAGACGGACAGCCAGCCGGCCCUCCCCCCCGGCCCCUCGGAGAAGCAGCAGCCCAAGCGGCUACACGUGUCCAACAUCCCCUUCCGGUUCAGGGACCCCGACCUGCGGCAAAUGUUCGGGCACUCGCAGGGUUUCGGGUUUGUAACUUUUGAAACUAGCUCAGAUGCUGACCGAGCCCGGGAGAAGCUGAAUGGGACGAUCGUAGAGGGACGGAAAAUCGAGGUCAAUAACGCCACCGCCCGCGUCAUGACCAACAAGAAGACCGCCAACCCUUAUACCAACGGCUGGAAGCUGAACCCCGUGGUGGGCGCGGUCUACGGGCCUGAAUUCUACGCGGCUCAGCGGCCCCGGCAGAGUCGGGCGGGGGGCACCCUGCGCGGCAGCGACGAGUGGACCCCCAAGUGGCGAGCACCUCCCCUGGCAUCAGCCAAGCCCCCGCCCGAAUCAGCCUGCCGGGCUGUUCGAAUCAGCGGGGCGCCCUGCAGGCGCGGCGGGCCGCGGCCACGUCCGGAGUGA